GUCUGUCCUAUUCAGGCAACAGGGAGGUGUCAAGAAAAACUCACGUUUUGCGGCAAAGCCUGGCCAAAAUGGAGCUGGUGUGCUACAACAUACAAAUCAGAGGAAGCGAAGUUCCCAAACACAUGCUGCUCAGUGUGAUUGAAUCCCAAGAAGCCGACAACAACGACGACGAAGGAUUUUGCAUCUAAGCCACUAAUUGAGGAGUUUAUUUGUGAAUAGAAAAUAUGUUUAAUAGCUUCGCUAGUGGGUGCAAAUUGCGUCAUCGAUCAGCACUGCGCUGGUACCAUUUAAUAUUUUGCGCGCACUUCAAAUCCAUUCGAAAAUUGUAUAAAAGCGAUAAUAAGGAUUUUAGCGGCGAUUGUAAUUUUGUAAACGCUUCGACACUAAUUUGCCGCAUAAAUAAACCACUUGACAGUUUUAUUAUCGAAGAUUCGUUGGAUUUCUGCCAUGUUUGCUCAUUGGAAAGUCGUUCUUUGCCUGGUUUUCGUGCAAGCGUCCCCUGGAUAUUCCAAUGAGUUAUUCGACUUCAUAGAGUGUGACCCGGAAGUUGAUAACGCCCCAAUUUCUCUGGGCAUUCUUCAAUAUGGGGCCUACUUUGAGCAAAAUGUGACUGUGAACAAUCCAUGCGUUUUCGGUUGCCCGAUCACAACCAGACUGGAGUAUCCAGAGUUCGAUCUGCAUUUUAACGUCUCCUCCAGGUUGGUUCAGCUUCCCUCAAUAAUGCGAAUCGAGUCCAGCUACUUGAAUGGCGGAACCUCCAGCGUGGGAUUCUGCAUCGAAAUGGACACCACCAUCACCAACUGAUCAAUCCGAUCUAACUAUGUGAAGUUAUACUUCGUUUGUGAUGUUGAAUAAAACACGUCAAUCACACCUAAUAUUUAUAUAUGAAUCUUUGUUUGUGUUUGUCUAGUGUUCGGAUGUUGUUAACUUAUGGAGCCUUUAAUAUAGACGAUGUUUUUUA